AUGGAAGGCGACGGCGGAUCAGAAAAUUUAAAAUCUUAUUCUGGAAUACCUGAAGCAGUAUUUGUUGAUAAUGUUGACGAAUUUAUGAAUCUGCCUGAAAACUCUGGAGGUGUAGAAAAGGUAUUAAGGAAACUGGAUGAGCAGCAUGGAAAAUAUAAAUUUAUGGAGUAUACUUUAAAUACCAAAAGGAGACGUUUGCGACAGCAAAUUCCUGAUCUUGCAAGAUCAUUAGAAGUCAUUGAAAAAUUAAAGACUCAAAAAGAGGAUAUAGAUACCCAAUUUGUACUUAGUGACCAAGUGUUUUUAAAGGCAAAUAUUAUGCCAACAAAGACUGUAUAUCUAUGGCUUGGAGCAAAUGUAAUGCUAGAAUAUUCUCUAGAAGAUGCUGAAAAUCUCCUUACCACUAAUAUGGCAACAGCGAAGAAAAAUCUGUCUUGUGUGGAACAUGAUUUAGACUUUUUAAGGGAUCAAUGGACUACAACAGAAGUUAAUAUGGCUCGAGUGUAUAACUGGGAUGUGAAAAGACGUCAAGCUGCAAAGGCAGUU